AUGUUUGGUGGAAAAACUUGCCUCUGGACUUGCGCGCUGGUUACAUUUGUCUCCUCUAGCUGUGUGGUUGAUGCCCAAUCGGCGUACGAUGUCAUCGUCGUCGGCAGCGGACCCGGAGGUCUUGUUGCUGCCGAGCAUCUGUCGCGGGACCCGAGUGUUUCCGUGCUGAUCAUUGAGGCCGGACCGGAGUCCCUUGCGGCUACCAGAGGUACGGUAAUCCCACACUACGCUACGCGUCAACGCCUCACGAUUUUCGAUAUCCUGGGUGAGUAUGAAACCAUCCUCGGUGGCUCGCAGUUCCGGGCAGACUGGUUUUUCGAGACGUGGUUGGGCCUUGCUAAGCUUGUUGGAGGCUGCUCAUCAAUCAAUGCUGCAUUGUACUUCCGUCCUCCGAAUAGCUACGUGGAGCAAAUGCAGUGGCCCUUUUCCGCAGAGUCCAUGGUCGCCAAGAUGGAUGAAAAUGAGAAGACGCAUGGCGCCACAAUCACGCCCUCGUUGGAUGGCCUUUGGUACCUGCAAGAGGGCUACCAAAUUGUGGCCAAAGCGUUCAGUGCUCAAGGUUACUCGGAGAGAACAAUCAACGAUGCCGUAGCUCGCAACAGUAAAAGCAAGACUUUCGGCCAUGCCCCGUUCGUAGCCAUGGGUGCCCUCCGUGACUCCCCUGCCAAGGCCUUCUGGGGCAAGAUGAGCACGCGCAGCAACGUGAAACUCAUGACCAACACUAUGGUCGACUACGUCUUGCAUUCGUCUGGUAAGGCGACUGGUGUCGUUUACGCUGGUGGCACCAUGGCCCAACUAUCGUCGCGCGGCACUAUCAUCAUGGCUGCCGGUGCUCUGAGCACACCCAAGGUGCUUAUUCAGAGUGGCAUCGGCCCCACCGAUCAGCUGAACCUGCUGAAAGGGAACAGCAAGUUUCCUGGUGUCGCUCAGGGUGACUUAAUCAUUAACCCUUUCGUCGGCCGCAGUAUGUUCGACACAAACGGCGUCCUCGCUUCGUUCUCACACCCGAACAUGAAGAGCUUCCGCUACGUCGACCGCCCGUCCGGGGCUAUCGACCAAUACGUGAACAACAAAACGGGCCCCUGGAGCAGUUCUGGACCGGUGCUUAUCGGCUAUGAGAACUUUGAGGUGCAGGGCCGCAUGUACGAAUUCCAGACAACGGUCCUUCCCCACGGUAUUGGCGAGUUUUCAAGGCGCGACGAUGCGUUGGCGACCACGCUGUUUCUGAACAACCCGGAGGCCCGUGCGGCUUGUGGCUUUGAUAGAAACGGUGUGUGGCGCGCGUUCAACGAAGGAAACGCGUAUUUCGGCACAAACCGUGACCUGGUUGCCAUGCAGCAAUAUGUUCAGAAGGUGGUGAGUGCCAUGACGGCCCAAGGCGCAACGUUCCUCCCGGCUGGAUCGGAUGCCAAAAGUGUGGCCGGCUGGGUAUCCAGGAACCGUGGGCUUAUUGUGAACCACUUUGGCGGUACCUGCUACGCCUCGACGGAUUCAUCGGCAGGAUCCAGUCGCUGUGCUGACGAAAAGUUGCGUGUUCUGGGCACCAGUAAUAUCUUCGUUGCGGACGCCAGUGCCAUGCGUGACGGCACUGUGAACCCGUACGGCUUUAUCAUGUACAUUGGCCGGGAAGCUGCCGAACAGGCUGCCAACUACAUUUCUAGCGGAGGUGUCGGUACUGUUAAGACGCCGUCACGAGACGCUGGCUGCCAAAUCAUCGAGGAGAACGUCGACUAUCCCGGCAACGACGUAGGCAACGUUAGGAGCAGCACCGCCGAGGGGUGUUGCCCCAUUUGCCGCACCACGAGCGCUUGUAACGUGUUCACAUGGACGAACUACAACGGCGGCACGUGUUGGCUCAAGAGUGCCAAGGUUACUGCCUUGACCAGCUUAGGUGCGCGCUCGGCUCAGCUUAGCUGA